AGGUCAAAUGUAGGUCAACGAUUCGCCGACCAAAACAAAAGCCCUUCCAGGAGCGGCGCGCCAGCCACUUGCUUGCCCAACCCACGCAACGCGAUAUUCGCGCCCCUCACUCUUCUUUCGACUGACCAACCUGGGCUCGUCGGCGGCUAAUCACGCUCGGCCGCGUCCUCCGUGCCAAAAGAGGCGGCCGAAAUCCAUCGUCGUGCACUGCAGGGGCCGCCGGCGGCCUCUUUCGCGCACCCUCCCUGCCUGUUCUCCGCAUGAAUGGUGCAAAAUGCGCCGAUCGACGCUCAUUUGUUUCCGGUGCUUGAUGUUUACAUUUUUUUUUCGUUCUUCAAUCACAACAACAUUAUCAGCUGCACCGGCCGAAUCUGUCAAUUCUACACGUCGGCAUGCCGAAUGCGACGCUCCUGCAGCUCGCAGCGACCCGCAUUUUUUAAAUUAUUUGUCAGGAUUUGCUCAAGACAAUGAAUUUCCUGGCCAAUUUCCACUUAACGGGAAAACCGUAGGAAUCUGGUGAAUCUGAUUGAUCGUCUAACAUGAUCGGCGCCUUGCAAGUUUUAUUUUCCAAACUGAAAGGACUGGUCUUAUGGAUUUUGGCCAUCUUCAGACGGGCGUGUUGUUGCUUCCGCAGGCGACGUCGACUUUCUGAAUCUCAGCCUCUCACUGAUAUUGGAAUCAUCCCUAAUAAUCCUCAAGAUAACGUGGAAGGAGGAUGGGAUUCGUGGGGAAAGGAGGAGGACAAAAUCACCCAGCAGAUUCGGGAAUACAGAAAUUCCCUGGCAAUGGCGAGACAAAAUCAAGACCAACCCGAAGAACCUGAAGAGAGAGUUGACUAUUUCCAGGAUAUGGUGCCAAGAGUUACGAAAGCGCCGAGAGUAGCUCUGAGCACCCAUGAGGAACAAGUUAAUGUCAGCAACACGUCCGAGUUAUUUGCAGCACAACCAUUGCCAAUAGCGGGUGGGGAUCUUGGAAGUUGGGCUGAAGACGAAGGCUGGGUUGCGGAGGAGGGCAAUUGGGAGGAGGACGUCCGUGAGCAAAAACGAAUGCAGCGAGAACGACGAGCGUACGAACUGCAAAUGAAAAGAGCUGAGCACCGCAGUUUGGGCGCCAGAUUGAGCUGACAACCUUAUUUGGACAUUUAAUUAAAUGAGAAAAUGUCUUAGUCAUAAGUGUUUUGUUUGUUAAAAUUUUUUGUUCAUUGUUCUUAAUAAUCAAGUGCAAAAUGUUUUAUACUUCACUUUCUUUACCUUUUUAACAUUGAAAUUGUGUAGCUGUUGAAAAAUAAAAUUGAAGAGGUUGAAAUGA